CAAAACUAUUAUGGCCUGAAAGUAGACUAUAAAACUGUUGUGUUUUUCACGUUUGACUUUUGAUUGACAUUCUCGUCGUCUGCUCUGUUGAUUUUUAUUCAAAUGAGAUUCAGCUCCUACAUCGUGUGGAAAACGUAGAAAAAUAUUAGCACGAGAUUUAAAACCUGCCAGCAUGUCAGGGACACAGUCUAUGAAUCAAGCAAACAGACAGCCUAAGUCCCGAAGCCGACGCAAGGCUAAACAGAUCGUCAUCCCCGCCGACCCGGACUCGGCUGAAGCCGACAGAGAAGAUGAGGAGGGCAUUGUCAAGAAAUCAACAAGUCAGCGCAAGAAAGCCGCUCCGCUGAAGACAAGGAAUGGCUACCAAAGAGAUAAAUCCCCCAGGACCAGGAGAAAAAAGACUGUGCGUGAUGAUACGGAUGAAGAGGAGGAGGAGGAAGACGUGAAUAGUGAUGAGAACGAUGAUGAUGAUGAUGAUGACGAUGCUGAUGAUGCCCAGGUCGAUGAUGAAUCUUUGGGAUUUUUCUUGACGACAAUUAGCUAUGUUGUAGGAGUUACUCUUGCAUUGCUGUUGGGAUAUGCCUACUAUACCUGCAUCUACACAAUACAUGAAAAUCACCUCUGGUUUAGCAGCAUCAUGGUAAGUCUGCUUCCCUUUUUAUUCUUAUUAUAAAAAUAUAACACAGCUGUUUAGCAUUUACAGAUUGUCACUACACUACACUAGUUCAAAAAGCUCAGCCUGAUUAGGGUUGCAUACAAAGUGAAAAUCAUUUGCGAUUGCUUAGAAUAUAUGUGGAAGUCGUGUAGUCAAACACAAAAUUUAUACUACAUACAUACAUGUAAUUUAUUCAUAUUGUAGAGUUGGGAAUACCUCUCUCUCUCUCUGAAAAAAAAUUACAACUGGAAGUCAGCAUACAAAUGUAGAACCCCCCUCCCCCAUUCAAGUGGAAUUUCACCUGAUAAUAAGUUGGUUUUAAUGAAAGAAAAAUAAAUGAUCAGAAAAUCUGUUAAAAUUGGCUUUGAUGAUGACGUUGGUGGACUGGUGGUUGAUGGUGUUGAUGGUGAUGGUGUUGGUGGUGAUGACGAUGAUGAUGAUG